GGAGGGGAAAAACGUUGGGAAAGGCGCAGCGUCGGGUCCAGCCUCUCCACCCAGCAGCGAACCCCGCACAAAGUGAGAAUCAGUCCAGACCAGGAAUGCUUCAUCAGGACCAACCUCUGGCCUAUAGAGGUCAAGACCCCAAUAAUCGCACCUCUUCCUCAGUGGCAAGCAGGAAGUAUGAUCAAGAUGGCAACUAUAACUUCCUGACAAGCAGUGGAAGAGGAAGAGAAGAUGAAAAUCAAAACCGACAGCGCCCUUGUAAACUGGGUCCUCUGAGUGCUGACCUGAAAAACCCGUCCUCCCACAGCACCUCCGGGGUCCUGUCACCUCGUUCCCGCCUGCCCUGCUGGAGCACACUGGAGCCCCUUCCUGAAAUUGAAUACGGCGAUGACGGUUAUGGCCGAGUGCCUCCAGAAGGAGCUGAGGAAAGGAGGAUGGAAGAAGAGGAGGGACAGAUGACGGCCAAGCACCAGGACAAGAUGGAGGUUCAGAGGAUGAAAAGCAGCAACAGGGACAGGGAUGAUAUCGAGGAGAUGAUGAAGCUCGAAAAUGACGAUGAGUGGGGAGACAGCGGCUCCGAAUCUGACUCUGGCGGGAGCAUGUCCUCUGUCCGGUUGGAGAGCGGGGGCAACUGGUUGUCUACGGGAGGCUGGGAACGUAUGGCAGCUGGACAACAAAAGAUGAGCCAACAAGACUUUGACCCCACCAGAACCAACUGUAGAGAAUCGCCAGGAAAACGGAGAAGUUUCAGCCGCAGCUCCAUGUCGGGAAGUCACCUAGGAGAUCUGAUGGAGGAAAGGGCGGAGGAGAAACCCAACCAGUCAUCAGAUUCCGACGGCGAACUUCCCGAGCUGAUGGACACCGUGUGGACGCUGCGGGACCGCGAGAGGUUCAAAGCCCAGGAGAUGGAGAAGCACCAGGUGCAGCUGACCAUGUACCGGCGUCUGGCUCUGAUCCGCUGGCUCCGCACCCUGCAGGGCCGCGUGGAGGAGCAGCAGAACCGCUUGCAGUCCAGUUUUGAUGUCAUCCUCACGCACAGGAAGGAACUGCUUCGCAUGGGGGCCGCGGUGGUCAACGCUUCGCCCCCUACUGCUGUGGGACAGUCGUAGGAACAGUAACAGGAAGAACGGAAGCUGUAUUUAUUUCUUCUAAGAUAAAAACGACAUAUCUGUUAACAUAAAAACAUAUUUACAUAGCUAACCAAUAGGAAGUGCUGCUAACUCUAAACCUAACGUCAUUUAUCCAAUCAGAGCAGAGAAGAAAGUCCAUCCAUUUUCUAUUGUGCUUGUCCUCAUCGGUUGCAGUGACUUUUGACAAAAGGUGUGAGACUUGUCAGUCAAUCACAGGCCACAUACAGAGUAACGACAGUUCGCCCUCACACCAGUGGACAAUUUCAAGUCUUCAGUUAAACCUGACAUUAAUGCUCUUCGAAUACAGAAGAAUGGCGGAGAAAAUCCCACUCGCCGCUCCACACGCACCUUUACCGAGAUUUAAAACCGGUACCGCUCCACUGUGAUCCAGAUGUGCAACUCCAGCCUGUGGCCCUAGAAGUAAGUCAUUUGCAGAAAAGCCCCCCAAAAAUUAGUUAUCAUGUGGACUAAUGUUGGAAAGAACGUUUUUUUUUAAUGCCAAUUCUGAUAUUUUUCAGAAUCACAUUUGUGUAACUGACUAAUUGGAUUAUUAACUCCCUUAAUCUUUAAAACAAUAAAUAUAUUAUUUAUAGGCUGAAUA